CACUGGUUGGCUAGUAAAACAAAAUUGUGCAAGCGAGCUAGAGUACUUGAGAGUGGCGGUCGUAUGACUACGUCGAGUGACGAAAUGAACUAAUUUCCGUAUACACGACUAAAAUUGACAAAAAUAGCGAGUUUAUUGUUUGACAAAACGUGAAAGCCUAUUGUUUACAUCGCGUCCUGUGAACUUUAUUGUGAUUUUUAUUGAUAACAUCGAAGCUGGCAUUGCAUGUCCUGGAAAAAGCGCAAUUCGCGGAAAUAUUUCAUAAAGAAAAACAUACAUGAUAAGGAGGGACGUCUCUAAAUCGAUCUCUCACCACUCAACAUUCCUCCAUGACGCUGUGAUCCACCAAGAUGUUCAAGCUAUUAGGGAACCUUAGUGUAUACUUCAAAUACCAGGACAUCAGAACCGACAAUGCCUUGUUCCGCCUCCACAACACCUUCACGACAGUGCUGCUCCUCACGUUCUCGAUCAUAAUAACGGCCAGCCAGUUCGUGGGGCAGCCCAUACAAUGUAUAGUGAGCGGGAUACCUGCCCAUGUCGUCAACACGUUCUGCUGGAUAACUUCCACGUUCGCGAUGCCCGAUGCCUUCGCUAGAGAGGUCGGCAAAGAAGUGGCACACCCAGGCGUAAGGAACCCGUACGAUGGCACGACCGAGAAGAAAUAUUACACGUACUACCAGUGGGUGUGCUUCGUGCUCUUCUUUCAGGCCAUAAUGUGCUACACCCCCAAGUUCCUGUGGGACUUCUUUGAAGGCGGGCUGAUGAGGACCAUCGUGAUGGGGCUAAACGUCGGCGUCUGCAAAAGCAAGGAGAAGGAGAAGAAGAAGGAACUGCUCAUCGGGUAUCUGCUGCGGUAUCAGAGGGAGCACAAGAUGUACGCCCUCCGCUACUUCGGCUGCGAGCUGCUCUGCCUCAUCAACAUCCUGGUGCAGAUGUGGCUGAUGGACAGCUUCCUGGGGGGAGAGUUCUACAACUACGGCACCAAGGUUCUGGGCUACAGCGACGUGCCGCAAGAGUUGAGAUUCGACCCAAUGAUCUACAUAUUCCCGCGCGUCACAAAAUGCACUUUCCACAAAUAUGGUGCGUCGGGCAGCAUACAAACGCACGACAGCCUGUGCGUUCUGCCUCUGAACAUGGUGAACGAAAAGACUUACGUGUUCCUGUGGUUCUGGUACGUCGCGCUCGCGACCCUGCUGUCCAUGCUGCUUGUGUACAGACUGAUAAUACUGUUCGUACCAUCCAUCCGGCCGCGACUCUUGCACGCUCGCUCUCGCUCGAUAGCAAUGGAAACAGCGGCCUCAGUCAGUAGACGCUGCGACGUCGGGGAUUGGUGGCUGCUCUAUAUGCUGGCGAGGAACAUGGACCCGAUCAUAUACAGGGAAUUCAUAGCGGAGUUCUCAAAACGGCUCGAUGAGAAGCCCUCCUCGCGUGCGUGACAACCAGCCACCCCCUCCGUCUCCUUCGUCGGCGUGUGACGCGCCCGUGCGCGCUCCGAGUCGAGGGUACACCUUGUAUAACUUAGAGGUACAUCCUAAAUAAAAAGGUUCACCCUCUAUUACAUGUUUGAAGUUCAAUACACCUUGUAUAAUUGCAAGGUACGAAGUAUAGAGAUUUUUCAAAGUCCAAAGUACACCUUUAAAAUCUAG